AUGGAUAAAGUUUGCGAGGCUUGCAAAACACUACCACCAAUUGUGGACCAGGACUCCUACAAGGAAAAAGGUGGUUAUGAAGAUGUAAACGGUUUCAACUGCUACAUUGCGGCCCCGCAACCCGUCCCGGAAACCGGUAUAUUCUUUGUCUACGAUAUCUUCGGAUACUUCAAACAGACAUUACAAGGCGCCGACAUUCUCGCCCUUACUGACCCCGGUCACGUCGUUGUUAUGCCCGAUUUCUUCUUUGGGAAGCCCAUGGAUGUCAAACUAUUUGAAUCGCCAGAAGGGAAGGAGGCUCUUGGUAGCUUCUUCCAGAAUGAAGCCAACUUAGAAAAAACCAGGACGAACGCAUUGAAUAUUCUCGAAGGCUUGAAAGUGAAAUUCCCAACAGUCAAAAAAUGGGGCAUUUUCGGUCUAUGCUGGGGCGGAAAGGCAUCAACUUUCAUCUCCAAAGAUGCCACCAGCGGUUUCGCAGCUUCUGCACAGGCCCACCCAGCCAUGCUUGAUCCUAAAGACUUCUCAGACUUCCCGGUUCCGCACCUCUGUCUUUCUUCAAUGCAUGAAGACAAGGGAGACGCCGAAGCAAUCAAUAACAUCCUCAAUAGUCGCAACGAUGGUAGCCACGGUAAAAUCUAUCCCAAUGAUAUCCACGGAUGGAUGGGUGCCCGUAGCAAUCUGAAGAACGAAGCCGAAAGGGAAUCCUAUGAAAAGGGAUAUUCAGAAGUCAUCGAAUUCUUCAAGAAGACACUGUAA